UCAAAGCAUCGUGAGACUAGGGAAGUGACAGACGAUGAAGCAUUUAUCGAUUUCUAACUGGCUGACCCAGCUGGGACUCCCGCAAUACUGCACACUCUUUGAUGAGCAGUAUGAUGGCGUAGAGGAUUUGCUCCAUCUGACAGAAGUUGAUCUUAGGAAAAUGGGAAUUGAGAACCAAAUUCACCGAACACACAUAAUUUCCAAUAUUUUGCUGCUUCAGGAGGCAGAAAGAAGAAAAGAACUAAGAAUGCUAGCUACAGGAAAAUUUGCAAGUCUUCCCAGAAACAUGCAGAUGAACCACCAGUUUUCACUGGCUUCUUCCAUGGACUUGAGCAGUAAAUCGUCUCUGACUGAGCAUCACUUAGACUCCUUUCAAGACAUUUCUAUCCAUGGUACCCUCCCAAGGAAGAAAAAGGGGACCAUUCCUGUAAGAUCUUGUGAUAUGUUUAGCCACAUGGGAACAUUGCCAUACUCCAGAACACCCAGGCAGCAGGCAUCUUUGAUUCAAGAUGUCAUAGAGGAGUAUCCUCUGCAAGACGGGAAGAGCGAGAAAUUCCACCUCAGAGAUCAGAAUAUGCUGGAUCCAGCUAUGGAGUAUGUGAAGUUCUCUAGGGAGAGGCAGAUUAUGGACAGCACCCCGGAAAAGCUGAAGAAAGAGCUAGAAGAAGAGCUGCAGUUAAGCAGUGAAGACUUGCGAAGCCAUGCCUGGUACCACGGGCGCAUUCCUCGGCAGGUGGCAGAAAGUCUAGUUCAGAGAGAUGGUGACUUCUUGAUUCGGGACUCUCUCUCCAGUCCUGGCAACUUUGUUCUCACCUGUCAGUGGAAAAACAUUUCUCAGCAUUUCAAAAUCAACAGGACAGUCGUGAGACUCAGUGAAGCCUACUGCCGUGUUCAAUAUCAGUUUGAACUUGAAAGUUUUGACAGCAUCCCUGGGUUAGUUAGGUAUCACGUGGGGAACCGCAAACCAAUAUCAAAGCAGAGUGGAGCAAUUAUUUUUCAGCCUAUUAACCGGACUGUGCCACUGAGGUGUCUAGAGGAGCAGUAUGGAGUAUCUCCAGUCCGACAAAGAGAAUGCAGCAUCUCAGAAGGAAAAUCAGAGACUGCAAAAAGACUGAGCCUCAAUGUGUGCGGUGUGCAAUCCCGGGAGCAUAGCUUAACCAGAGGAAAUCUUUUAAGAAACAAAGAAAAAAGUGGUAGCCAGCCAGCGAGUUUGGACCAUGUCCAGGAGAAAAGAUUCCCACUGAAGACUCACCAGUCAGAAAGCUACCUGCCAAUUGGUUCAAGGCAUCCAUCUCAGGUACCUGAAACAGGUACAGGUUCAUGUCCAAAUUCCCCUAUUUCCCCAUUCAGAACAGGCAGUGAACCUACUCUGAGCCCCACAGUUGUCCAGAGAGUUGCCUCAGACUCUCAAUCAGGAGAAGCACUUAGAGGCUCAGACAGUCAGCUCUGUCCCAAGCCUCCACCUAAACCCAGCAAAGUGCCCUUGCUGAAGCCACCACAGUCUCCUUUAGCUUGGCACAGUUCAGAGGCACACUACUGUGAGCUAAACCCUGCCACUCCCAUGGAUUGUGGACCAGCAAAACAGCCUUCAUGUCAGAAGAGCAGCUACGUGGAGCAUCUGACAGCUAAAGAGAAUGGAGCCCUUUCGUCCAGGAACUCUGAGACCAGUUACCUGACCCUGGAGCAGGAUGCAUCACAGAGGUCUAUGGAUCCAUUAGCAGCACAGAGUGUAAUGGCUGAGGAGGGCAGCAUGUAUGUAGCACCUGUUCUUGAGACUGUCUCUAGUUUUAAACCAAAUGAUUUUGAAUCCAAGCUCCUUCCUCUGGAAAACAAGCCACUUGAAACAUCAAUGCUAAAGAGAGUCAAAGAGCUAUUCACCAACAAUGAUCCAAAGAUUAUUGCACAGCACAUACUUAGAAUGGACUGCAAGGUUGCUAGGAUACUGGAGGUCUCGGAAGAGAUGAGAAGGAUCAUGGGUGUGAGUUCAGGUCUGGAACUCAUUACAUUGCCGUAUGGACACCAGCUGCGUCUGGACCUAAUUGAAAGGCAUAACACCAUGGCCAUAGGAAUAGCUGUGGAUAUUUUGGGCUGCACAGGAAACUUAGAAGAGAGAGCUGCAACGCUGAACAGAAUCAUCCAGGUAGCCGUGGAGCUGAAGGAUGUUCUGGGGGAUUUGUAUGCAUUCUCUGCUAUUAUGAAAGCGCUGGAAAUGCCACAGAUCUCCAGGUUGGAACAAACCUGGACGACACUGCGGCACCACUACACCCACAUGGCCAUUACUUAUGAAAAGCAGCUGAAACCAUUCAGCAAAGCCUUGCAUGAAGGAAAAGAGACCGUGUGCUCUCCACCAAAUAUCAUCACAGUGCCACUGCUGAUGCCUUUAGUUACCUUGAUGGAGCGAGAGACUGUCACUUUUGAAGGACUGGACCUGUGGGAAAACACUGACCAAAGCUGUGAAAUAAUGCUCAAGCACUUAAUUGCAGCCCGUAGCAUAGCACAGCAUGCUGACAUGUACAGAAUGGCUGCAGAGAGGAUAUUGGAAGGCUUUCAACCAGAUGAAGAGAUGAGUGAGAUCUUCAAGACAGAAUUUCAAAUGAGACUGCUGUGGGGCAGCAAAGGCGCACAAGUAAAUCAGAGGGAGAGAUACGAGAAAUUCAACCAGAUUUUAAAUGCACUGUCUCGAAAAUUAGAACCUCCUCCGGUAAAGCAGGUAAUGAAGUCUGAAGCCUAGCUAUGGAUACCAAGCCCCUUGUACUGGGAGUCUAGAACAUUUGUCACAACUCAAAAGCAGGUACUUGCCAAAGAAGAGGCCAGAGAAUGCAAUGGGAAAAAACAUGUUUUGUGGCAUUUUAACACUGUUGUAACUUCAGAAGUAUUUCCAGUCCUAAGCAGUGUUAUUAAAUGCACAAUAAUUUUGGUCCAGUACCAUUGGAAAAAAAAGAAGCCAGACAACAUACAUACAUGGGUAAUUAAAGAGAACAGAGAAAAUACACAGAAUCUUCCUGAGUGCAAGUUUCUCUCUGAGAAUCAUAAAUCUUGAUUUCCUUAUGAAAUGAAAGCUGUCAAAAUAUUUACAAAGCAAGGAAAAAAUAUGAACGUUUUCAGUAACUGAACUCAGUUGUUAGAAUGCUUUAGUUUGUCUUUUAAGAGUUUUCGGCUAUCCAUGUAGCACAGUUAAAGCUGCUGAUGAAGGAAUGCUGAGAGUCUAAAGAGGCUUUAAAGAAACUGCACCUUAGGGAGUGGGUUAUUGUCUGGUAUAUUGUCAGACAGACAGAAUUUUAAAUUACUUGCUGAAGUAAAUGAAAAUUAAGAUCAGACUGAAGAAAAGAAUCAUUAAAAAUAUGGUGACCUAAUCAAUAUGUCAGAUUCAAUGAUUUAUAAAAGAUGACGGCUAAAAGCAGAUAAAUAAAAGGCAAAUGGCACUGGUCAAAUUUGCAGACCUAUUUAAUGAAAAAGCUCCCCCUUCCUGCCCCCUUUUCCCCAAGUUUUACUACUGGCUAACUCUGAAAAAAAAUUAAGCUGAACUCAUAAAGAGAACAGACCACUUAUGCCUUUGGAAAGCCUAA